CAUCAAAACAAGAAAUGCAAAGACUACCACAACCAGACUUUUCAUCAAGUGAUCAAACUAAUCAAAUCAUCAAAUUUUCAAAGCUCUCUCUCUAUACCUCUCCCCUUUUCUCUCUCUCUAAGAAACUUCGUGGAAGCUCACUAUGGCUUCCUACUCCCUCCCUCCAUUUAACCCGCCCUCAUUCCUCUACUCUCACUCAUCACGCCUCCACUUUCUCUCUCUUAUUCAUAUUUGUUUACGCAUCCUCUCUACGGAGCGCUGUGGAUUCACACCAACACUGAUUACUCCGCCAUGAAGCUCGCCAAGAUCCUACCCGGAAAGCUCUUCAAGACGAGGAAAUCCCGCUCCGUCUCCAGAUCCGACACCGAUCCGUCGUCGUUCAGCUCUCAGGCGACAUCUUCGUCCUCCUCCUCCUCCUCGUCGGAGGACGUCUUCAAGACGUCGAAGCCGAACGGCUCCUCCACGCCGAACAGCGUGCUCCCCUCCUCCUCCUCCGGCGAGUGGCCGGAGAUCUCCGCCGACGUCUACCUGGAGCUGAAACAAGCCUUCGAGAUGAUCGACCGCGACGGCGACGGCAAGAUCGAGAAGGAGGAGCUCGAGCGGCUGCUGCGCCGGAUCGGAGCCGAGCCGCCGAGCCAGGAGGAGCUGAAGCUGAUGCUGAGCGAGGUGGAUCGCGACGGCGACGGCUGCAUCAGCCUCGAGGAGUUCUACGCCAUCGGCUCGGCCUUCGCACCGCCGGCGUGCGGCGGCGAGAUGAGAGAGACGUUCGACUUCUUCGACUCGGAUCGCGACGGGAGGAUCACGGCGGAGGAGCUUUUAGAGGUUUUCAAGACGAUCGGUGACGCCCGGUGCACGUUAGAGGAGUGCCGGCGCAUGAUAAGAGGGGUAGAUAGGAACGGGGACGGCUUCGUGUGCUUUGAGGACUUCACUAGAAUGAUGGAGCUGCAGCAAAGAUGAUUACUGGAUUUUUAAUAUCUAUAUUUUCCUUUUAUCUUCUUUUCCGGAAAUAAAAGAAAAGAAAAAUCGUUUAUGAAUUUGCUGCUAUAGAUUUUUUUUCUGUAACGGUUAUUUAUUUUCCGUUGUCCCGAUUUAAGUAUCAUAUUCUAAAUCUGGUGUUCUGUACUAGAUUUAGGAGUAACUGCAAAUAUACGUCUGAAAAUUCUUGUAUUUGGCUCUCUUUCAAAUUUCAAUCAUUAUUUCUUUUUCAGAAAA